AUGGAAGCCCUUGAAAGCACUGGCCCAGCCAACUGGAUCCCAGUUGGGUCCCACAUUGCUCUCCCUGGGGAAACGCAGAGCAGGUUCCCCGAGCUGGCUGCGAUGCCUCCCCCGGGCCGCGCGGUGGCGCUGCGGCUCCGCGGAGUACCGAGAGGGGGUGCGGGGCGCCCCGAUCCCGCCCCAUCCCGCGCCGCCCGGGCCCCGGCUCCAGGCCGGCCCCCGGGCGAGCCGAGCGCGGCGGCGGAGCGGGCGGGAGGCAGCCCCGGGGCCAAGAGGAGGCAGGCCUUCCCACCUGGCACGCUGGCCCUUCUCCUGGACGGCGUCUUUCUGUCGGCGGCCGAGAAUGACUUCGUGCACCGGGUUCAAGAGGAGCUGGAGCGCUUCGUGCAGCAGAAGCAGCUGUCGAAGGUCCUUCUCUUCCCGCCAGUCUCCAGCCGCCUCCGGUACCUGAUCCACAGGACCGCGGAGAGUUUUGAUCCGUUGAGCAGCUUCUCUGUAGGCGAGGGCUGGAGGAGGAGGACAGUCAUCUGUCACAAGGACAUCAGGUUACCCAGUCCAGAAGGCCACUCUGGCCCUUCCCGCCCUCCUGCCUCCCGACCCAGCAAGUUUCGAGGUUCUCGGCCCACCUUAAACCAGGGAACAACUGCCAGCCCCCGAGGGGCGCGGGCCGGCCGGUGGCAGCGAGGACGAAAGCCUGACCAGGCUUUGUAUGUGCCCCGGGUGCUGCGUUGCCAAGAAGAUUCGGCACCACCUGCCACCCCAGAGCUCGAGGCACAUGAGCCAGCUAACGGGCGCCCGGUGGAGUCGGGGCAUGUUGGUGCUGGGGACCCCAGUUCUGAUCAGCAACACCCAGUGUUGGUGACUCAAGCUGUAGAGGACCAAAAGGACCAGGGCCAAAGUGCUGAGCGGGAAGCACCAUCGGACCCCGUGGGCGCUGAGCAAUCCGGGUCCGAGAGCCUCUUGGAGAUAGAGAAGCAGCUGGAAGCAGCCACACAGCUUGGAGCUCGUCUACAGCUGGACUCAGAAGAGGGCAAUGGGAGUGAUCCGGAGAAGAGCCCAGUGGCAGAGGAGGAAGAAGAAGAAGAGGAGGGCCCUGGCGUCUGUUCUGAGGAUGAUUACAGUGAGCUGCUGCCCGAGAUAACUGACAACCUGACUGAGAAGGAGAUUCAGGUGGAGAUGAUCUACGUGGACACCUUUGCCGCCGUCGAGGAGCUGCCUGGAGAGAAGGAUUUUGCCCACGUGGUGGAGAUCUACGACUUUGAGUCAACACUCAAGACUGAGGACCUGCUGGCAACGUUUUCAGAAUUCCGAGAGAAGGGCUUCAAGAUCCAGUGGGUGGAUGACACGCAUGCACUUGGCGUCUUUCCCUGCCUGGAGUCAGCUGCCGAGGCCCUGACCAGAGACUUCUCCGUGCUCAAGAUCCGACCCCUCACUCAGGGAACCAAGCAGUCACGUCUGAAGGCCCUGCAGAGGCCCAAGCUCCUGCGCCUGGCCAAGGAGAGGCCGCAGACCAACACGGUGGUGGCCCGGAGGCUGGUGGCGCGUGCGCUGGGCCUCCAGCACAGGAAGAAAGAGCGGCCGCCGGUCGAGAGUCCCGCCAAGGUGCCGUCGUGCCAGCCGGGCAGCCCUGAGCAGAGCCAGGAGUGAGCACGGCCACCACGACCCCCGCCCGCGAGCCCUGCCGGCCAGCCCCUGAGGUCUCGGGGAGACGCUGAGAGGAAAUAAAGACCUGGACGUUGUUA